AUGUCAGGUACACCCGAUUUUAUAAUAAGGAAUGGCUUAAGGUUUGUGAAACCGUACUAUCAUGUUUAUCGCACGACUGUUAAAGGACGAUGGUUUGGUAAAACAGCCCUUCAGGUGUUCACCGAGGAAUUUCGAAAUUAUGAUGGAGAACAUUAUUUAAAGAGAAUUAUGGAAGAUGAUAUCAGCGUUAUAAGAAGAAAAAACAAACAAAAUAUAGAGUUUAAAGGAUCAAUCUUAUUGGAUACCCCUUUAAAAUCAGGAGAUGUUAUUGUCCACAGAGAGCAUAUACAUGAAAAGCCAAUUUUGAAUAGGGAGAUUGGCAUAAUACACGAAGAUAAAGAUCUUCUAGUUGUUGAUAAACCAUCCGGCAUUCCGAUGCAUCCAGUUCAGGGCUACUUGUACAACAGUUUGACCGAAGCUCUCAAAUCAAAAUUAAACAUCUUAAGACUCCAUCCUUGUAAUCGUUUAGAUAAAGUAACAAGUGGACUAGUAAUAUUGUGCAAAAACUUUGAAAGUGCAUCUUUUUAUCAAACAAUGGUUCAGGAGAGAGAGUUCAGAAAAGAAUACAUCGCUCGAGUAGAUGGUGAUUUUUCUCACUCUCCUUUGGUUUGUAGAAAUGAUGUGCUGAUAAUUGAUACAAAGAAAAAGGCAGAAGGGGUUAAAAAGCGGACCGCCAUUACGAGGUUUAAAUUUCUUCGAUACAAUUCAAGGCUAAAACAGAGUAUUGUUUCAUGUAUUCCAGAAACUGGCCGGACACAUCAGAUAAGAAUGCAUUUAAGGGAUUUAGGCCACCCUAUCAUAAAUGACUGGGUUUAUAAUCCAAGAUACAAAAGAGCAUUCAGUAGAUCAGCUGUAGAAUCAAAUUUACCGAAAAACUUGAGUGAGAUACAGAAAGAACAGUAUGAACGAAGAAUCGCAAUGUAUAGCGGUAAAACAUGCUCUGAAUGUGGUAUAAAUUUAUAUAAAGAUCCUGAUCCAGAUUCUAUGGUCCUAUUUUUACAUGCAUUAAAAUAUACAGGUCAUGAUAGACAGGGUGGUAUCAUUUCAUAUGAAACAGGAAUGCCCGCGUGGACAAAUAUAUAA